AUGGGUGCGGGAAUUUCGUGCUUCAAAGGCAACGCUGUCAGUCGCAGGAAAAUCGAUAGCACCGAUUCCGAAGACGACAAGUUCGAUCCCCGGAUAAAAGAAUACAAUCCCUAUGUAUGUGAGAUUGCCACAAUGGGAGAUGCGCCAAAGUCAACUAUCCUCUUACCACUUUACGUCUAUCCCAACCCGGGCGCCUGGACUCCUCUGCAGCACAUGAUUGCCGCGUAUCCGAAUGUCUCCUUCACCGUCGUGAUCAAUCCAUUCAACGGUCCUGGACUCGAUGACUUGCCAGACGCAAACUAUCAACGAGAAAUACCCAGGUUGACAUGUCAUGCAAACGUGAAAGUCGUGGGCUACGUACACACCACCUGGGCCAAACGUGAUCUGGCUUUGGUCUUUAAGGAUAUCGACAAGUAUGCUCAGUGGCCUGAGUGUUCUGGUCUUCCAGAUUUGAAAAUCUCUGGUGUCUUUGUCGAUGAGACACCGAACGUCUACGAUGCCGAAGCUGAAGCUUAUCUAGCCAAACUGUGGAAGCACGUAAAGAAGAUGCCGGCUGGUGAUGAGAAUGUUGUUAUUCAUAACCCCGGAUGCGUUCCGGAUGCCGCUUUUCUCAAACUGGCCGACUCGACCGUCGUAUUCGAAGAUACUUACCAUACCUUCCAGACAAGGGUCUCCAAUGCCAUCUUCUCUGCCACAGCCUUAUCCAUGGUGGAUAGGAGCAAGCUGGCUUGUGUUAUUCACAGUAUUCCCGAGCAUCUCAACGGUGAGGAAUGGCGCCGCCUGGGUCAACAGGCGAGGAAGAUUGCAGGCGAUGUUUUCAUGACUGAGUUGUGCGAACACUAUUAUGCAAACUUUGCACCCAAAUGGGUGGAAUUCGUGGACGCUAUGGCUGCUUGA